AUGUCGAGCCCUGUCACCGCUGUGAGAGCGAAGGCCCCGUUGGUCGGGUCUACCACCAGUCAAGGCAUCGUCGUCGUCCAGAUUGGCCCCGAUCGUGAGAAACAUCAGGUCCAUAAGGUUUUGCUCAUGCAUCAUUCGGAAUACUUCCGAAAGGCGUUAGUGGGGUCGUGGAAGGAAGCCACGGAGCAAGUGGUGAAAUUGGAGGAUGUGGAAUCAUCAACAUUCCGCAUUUUCGUGCAUUGGAUCUACACGCAGGAGCUGCCUCGAGAUCAAGACGGCUGGGCCGAUCUGUCGGUUGUACCACCUUCUAACGAUUACUGGAUGGACUACCUGAUGUCCGAGCUAGUCAAAGCGUACGUCUUCGGGGACCGCUUCCUGGCUCCAGAAUUUUGUCGUGCAGUCAAUAACGCCUCUGUCAAACACACACCGCUGGGUAGCUCCUUCUUCGACGAAGAUGGCUGCUUUUCGAUAGACUACGCCUUCAAGAAUAUCCGGCCUUCUAGUGUAUUGCUACAGCACUUGGUAGACAUGUACUGCACCGUCUGGCGUGAAGACGCAGACGUGUUCGACGAGAGUGCCUUUGACAAGUUGCCUAACAGCUUCAUUCGACGUGUCAUUCAAAGACUCAAAAACGAUGACCACCGUCCUAAGAAGAAGUGCUGCUACCUUGAGCACGCUUCUGAACAAGAGAAGGAGAAUUGCUUAGCAUUGCACAUAAACUACGACAAAAAUGUUGACAUCGCUUACUUUCAGUAA